UCACCAGCCCGGAGCCGCGGGGUUGGCGCCGCCCGCGGCCAGAGCCGGACUAACGGGACUCCGGGCCGCGGGUCGCAGUCCCGACGCGAGAGGGGCUGGCGUUGGCGCCUGGCCCAGAGCCGCGGGGUGGGAGCCGGCCGGGACGCGCGCACCAUGCCCUACCUGCUCAUCAGCACCCAGAUCCGCAUGGAGGUGGGCCCCACCAUGGUGGGCGAUGAACACUCAGAUCCAGAGUUGAUGCAGCAUCUGGGGGCCUCCAAGAGAAGUGUCCUGGGAAACAACUUUUGUGAGUACUACGUCAAUGACCCUCCUCGCAUAGUCCUGGACAAGCUGGAACGCAGGGGCUUCCGUGUGUUAAGCAUGACAGGGGUGGGCCAGACGCUGGUGUGGUGCUUGCACAAGGAGUGACCUUCUCACAAUGAUUUGUGGACGGGGCACCCCUUCUCUGGAGGGGCUGCUGUGGGCCCCUCCUCCAACCCCCUGCCUCACUGGUUGCCUUGUCCCAGGAUGUCCCUGCCCCCAGCCCAUCCCCAGUGGGUGGUGAAUGGCCUACUCUGCAAUCCUGCUUUGGUCAUUGGGGGAGGGCAGGGCCCCUUGCCCCAGUGCUCCCAGCUGCCCUCCAGCUUCAGGCCUGACCCGAGGGCCUUGGCAUAGGCCAUGUUCUGUGGGCAGGCUGCCCCUGCCACGCUGGCACUCCAGUGGAGGAUGGUGCCAGGACUUGGCAGGUGGGUCCUACGUAGCUAGUCCAAGCCAAUAAAGGGCUGUGAUGAGUGGUU